AUGGAAAGAGUCUUGCUGUUUGGAACACCCAGAGCCAUUAUCAGUGAUAGUGGUUCUCACUUCUGCAACAAGGUGUUCAGUGCACUUUUGACCAAGUAUGGGGUAAAACAACACAAGGUUGCAACACCUUAUCACCCACAGGCAAGUGGACAAGUAGAGGUUUCCAACAGGGAGAUUAAAGCAACCAUUGCCAAUAAGACAAAUUGGGCAAGGAAGCUAGAUGUUGAUCUAUGGGCAUAUUGGACAGCUUUCAAGACGCCUAUUGGUAUGUCUCCAUAUCAAUUGGUUUUUGUAAAGGCAUGUCAUUUGCCGGUUGAGCUUGAGCAUAGAGCCCUGUGGGCGUUGAAGAAGUUAAACCUAAGUUGGAGCGAAACUGCAAACUUGAGGUUGGAUCAUAUCAAUGAGAUGGAUGAGUUCCGGUUGAAAGCCUAUGAGAGGUCUGCACUGUAUAAGGAGAGGAUGAAGCUAUAUCAUGACAAACACAUUGAGAAAAGAAGCUUCACUCCUGGUGACUUGGUGUUACUCUUCAACUCUAGACUUCGUAUGUUUCCAGGAAAGCUGAGGUCUAAAUGGUUUGGACCUUUUAAGGUUACACAGGUUUUUCAAUAUGGUGCUAUUGAGCUGGAAAAUGAUAAGGACGAGAGGUUCAAAGGUAAUGGCCAGCGAAUCAAGGCAUAUUUGGGUGUUCCAGAGGAUGUGAAGGUUGUAGAGUACUGUAAAAUUGACGAAGUCUGA